UUCUCGUGAGAGAGAUCCUGUCGCUUAGGCACGGAUGAAGCUGAUUGUCAACACAAUAGCUCACGGAAAACAUGCGUCCCAGCGAGAGCCGGAAAAAGUUCAUGUUACUGAAGGUGGUACUGUAGGAAAUAAAGAAACUUUAUUUUCCUGAUGGCUGAUCGAGGUUGCAUCGAUGUGCAUCAACAUCGUUGUAUCCAUUUUCAGCAUGCCAGCUGCAAAAGUUUCACCAGCCAGUAAUAGCCUUAACGGUCGCUGCCAAGCAUUACAGAGUUCUAGAGAGAGUACAAGCUCAGAAUGCCCUUCAUUACAAGAAACUACAGAAGAUGAAGAUGGGCGAGGUGAAAAUAAUUCUCCUUAUCUAAGGGCUGUAAAAAAAUUGCAGACUGACGAAAAAUGGCAGAAGGAUAUUACGCUAGGAAGGCGAAUCGGUUUCUAUCGAAUGAAAGAGGAACUAGGCACUGGAAACUUUUCGCAAGUCAAAGCUGCCACACACGCUCUUACCAAAGAGCGAGUGGCUGUAAAGAUCUUAGAUAAAGCUAAACUCGAUAAGAAAACGCAAAUGAUGCUUGCAAGAGAAAUCGCUUCCAUGGAAUCUUUACAUCAUCCCCACGUUAUCCGUUUAUAUGAAGUACUUGAGACUUUCUCCAAAAUUUACUUAGUCAUGGAGCACGCUAACGGUGGGGAAUUAUUCCACAGAAUUUCCCAAAAUGGUCAUUUUAGUGAAAAAUCUGCAAAGCCAUUAUUCGCACAGAUUACUGCAGCUGUGGAUCAUAUGCAUUUUCACAACAUUGUUCAUCGAGAUCUGAAAGCCGAAAAUGUUUUUUUCGCUGGUCCGAAUAUCGUCAAAGUUGGAGAUUUUGGAUUCAGCACACAUAUUCGUGAUGUUGCAGAGCCCUUGAGAACAUUUUGCGGAUCUCCACCAUAUGCAGCUCCGGAGCUUUUCCGUGAUGACAGUUAUGUUGGGCCUAUGGUUGAUGUUUGGGCUCUUGGAGUGCUUCUAUACUUCAUGUUAACAGCAUCUAUGCCUUUCAAAGCGACAACAGUUGCGGGCUUGAAAAAGCAAAUUCUUGAAGGCGACUAUACAAUUCCCGAUUAUCUCAGCAGCGACUGCCAUUUUUUGGUACUCGGUAUUCUAAAACAGGACCCGAAAUCCAGAAUCACAUUAGACCAAAUCAUGCGAUCCAACUGGCUAUCUAUCCAGAAUUUUCCUGAAGCACUCCCAAGAGAUAAGUUACAAACACCGACUGAAAAUUGCAGUGAAAAUGGCGUAGGACUCUCUGUUAUUGAGAUAACUACGAGGCAAAAACUUAAAGAACUAGGCAUCACGGAAGAAAUGAUUGAAGAAUCUAAAAGUAAAGGAUCGCGGAGUAGUGUUAUGGGGACAUAUCGAAUCGUACUUCACAAAGUUCUGGCAGAAUCAGGUAUGGUUGAAAUUACCAUUCCGACUCCCGAAACUCCUAGUAGUCCAGAGUUCCUAAAAAGUGACAAAAAGAAAGUAAAAGUUAUAAAGAAUAAAAAAUCAAAAAUGUGUAUUAUUUUGUAAAUUUGUAUAGAUAAAAGAAGUAAAAUGUAUUUAUAUAUAUAUAUACAUCA